AUGGCAGGCUUCACAAAACGCGGCGGCGCCCGAGGCGGCAGUACCUACAAAAAGACCUUCACAAAGAAACGCUCUUCACCCGACGCUGACGACGACAACGCGCCGCGCACAAGCAAGAAGACCAAAUCCGGAGACGACGACGAGGAAUCGAUACCAGUGGUCCCGGAACUGAAGACGGAUGAUAACGGCGAUGCAUAUGUUGGUCUCAACGCCAGCGGCAAACGACGCGUAACAGUUAGCGAUUUCAAUAAGAGUACUCUCGUUAGUAUACGGGAGUACUACGUUACUGAUUCUGGAGAGACGAGGCCGGGGAAGAAGGGCAUCUCGCUUACAGUCGAUCAAUACAACGCUUUACUCGCAUCGGCACCGCUUAUCGAAUCAGCGCUCGCGAAGAAGGAUAUACAGGUCGUGCGGCCGGAUUACGAGGCUGAUCUGAAUGCGAAAACCGAGGAUAAGAUGGAGGCAACUGAGGACGAGGAUGAGGAAAAAGAAGAUGAGACCGCGAAGAAGGCAGACGAGGAAGGGGAUGACGACGACGAGUAA